UUGACCUCCACGCACCAACCAAACUCCACUUCAUCCUCUCGCUCUCCGACUCUAAUCGUGGCGUUCGCUUUGAUUCCGCCGACAUCGAAUUAUUAUUGCGCCAGCUUAAUUCAACGGCAAUUGGCGAUUUAUCCAAGACUGGGCUUUUCUUGCGUUGAUCCAGCUCAUGUUCCUGUUCUUUCUUUUCCAAUACCAACGCCUCUUAACAGACGUUUGUCAGUCUCUCAUGCUCUCCUCCCACUAGCCUCUCAUGCCCGCCAUUUCGAGAAUUGAGGCUCCUUGACAACCAUGAAAGCCUCGGCACGCCAUUUAUCCAGCUCCAAUGCCUUCCAGAGCUAUCUGAGAGCAAUCAAUUCCCAACCCAUCACUCUAUACCAACGACGGACCUUAUGUACAGGCUGCCUGACUGGUCUGCGAGCACGAAAUGGGAGAAAGAGCAACUACAGCCCCACCCACCGAGCACUGCAUACAGCUGCACCUCUCCCGAAACGAAGCCUUGUUACCCUCCGAAAUGUCACUACCCGACGGAAAUCGUUCUCAAGAGGGCUGCAGAGAAGAACAUUUGCUAGCGUCAACCACGUUGCCACACAUGGUCCGUUAGAAGAGUACGAUGAGAGAGUUCACUCGAGGAAGUUACGGGAUGAUGAACAUCAAAGAACACUCGUCGAACAUCUCCAAGACCUGCACGAGAGUCUCAAAGAUUACACGGCACCGAAAGUCGUUCACCCGACCAUCGAGGACCUGCAACCGCCCAAGAAAUCCAUGUUCGGUUCACUCUUUGGCGGUGACAAGAAGAAAAAGGUCAUCAAUGAAAUUCCAGCCGACCUGCCCAAGGGCCUCUACAUGUAUGGCGAUGUAGGCUCCGGCAAGACCAUGCUCAUGGAUUUGUUUUACGAAACCCUCCCUCCCAACAUCACGUCCAAGACGAGAAUUCACUUUCACAAUUUCAUGCAGGAUGUCCAUAAACGACUACACAAAAUUCGAAUGCAGCAAGGCAGCGAAUUCGAUGCCGUCCCUUUUGUCGCCGCCGAUAUUGCCGAAACCGCUUCGGUGCUAUGCUUUGAUGAAUUCCAGUGCACCGAUGUGGCUGAUGCCAUGAUCCUACGGCGACUUUUGGAGGCUCUCAUGUCACACGGCGUCGUUCUGGUGACCACAUCGAAUCGACAUCCUGACGACUUGUACAAAAACGGUAUCCAGCGUCAAUCUUUUAUUCCCUGCAUCAAUCUCCUUAAAAAGCAACUUCGAGUCAUCAACCUCGACUCUUCGACCGAUUAUAGAAAACUUCCUCGACCCCCUUCCGGAGUGUACCACCAUCCUCUCGAUCGGGCGGCAGUUUCGCAUGCCAACAAAUGGUUUUCAUUUCUUGGUGACCCCGAGAAUGACCCCCCGCACCCAACCACAAUUACCGUUUGGGGCCGGGAUGUCCAGAUCCCUUUGGUCUCUGGACGAGCAGCCCGAUUCGACUUUCAUGAACUCAUAGGACGAGCGACUGGAGCGGCCGAUUACAUCGAAAUGAUGCGCAGUUUUGACGCAUUUAUUGUCACCGACGUUCCCGGAAUGACCCAUCGUGAAAGAGAUUGGGCUCGUCGAUUCAUCACCUUUAUCGAUGCUGUUUACGAGUCGCAAGCAAAACUAGUCCUCACCACUGCCGUCCCAUUGAGUCAACUGUUUCUCAGCAAGGCUGAGCUUGGUGAGUCAUUAGGGAAUGUGACCAAGAAGGUAGACCAGAAAGACUCAGAUGUCAGCCCCGAUGACCGGAAAGUGGCUGAAUCGGUCAAAGCCAAUGAAGGUGGCCCUCACGAUCGACCUGGCCAAGGGGAGGGUGAAGGUGCGGAUGUUGACGACGUAAUGCGCAACCUCAUGGACGAUUUGGGAAUGAGCAUGAGCAUGUUGAAAUCGAGCAGUAUCUUUAGUGGGGAUGAGGAGAGAUUCGCCUUUGCCCGUGCGCUGUCGAGAUUGAGCGAAAUGGGAAGUCAAGAAUGGGUAGAAAGAGGAUUGGGACUAGAAAAGAGAGGUGGCUUGGGCGAGAAGGAAGGAUGGCAAAGGGUUCGAUCAAGAUGGAGGGAAGAUAGUCUUUAGAUAGAAGGUGAGAUGAAUUAUGAUGAUUGAAUAGACGUGACAUCUAUCUCACUUGAC